AGCGGCAGAGCGGGGCGCGGGCGGCCGCGGCAGUGCCGAGCCGGAGCCGCCGCCGCCGCCGGGACAGCGCGGGCUCCGGGGCGACGCCGGCAGCGCAGCUCCGCGCCCCCAGGGGCGCCGCAGCGGCCGCGCCGGGCCCGCAGCCCGCAGCCCGCCCCGCCGGGAGGAGGCGAGCGCCCAGUGGCGGCGGCUGCCCUGCGGCGGGACCCGGCUCCGCUCUCCCCCAGCCCACGGCCGGGCGCUGCCGGCUGAGCUGCCCAGCGGCACGGAGUUCAAAGUCUCCCCGCGCAACUUAGGUUAGGCGGCAGGACCUCUGUGGACCGGUGCGGGGCUUCCAGGGCGCGAUCGCGUUUCCAGCCUUUUGCCAGCUGCAAAAGCAAAUGAUUCACGAAACCCAACAAAAAUAAAACAAACUCGGGCUUACCCAAAAGUUAGGAAAUCUUUUUUUCUUUUUUUUUCUUUUUUUCCCCCUCUUUCUUUUACUAUUUUGUUCCCUAUGUGGAAGUCGCUUAUGAAUCGUGCUCGGUUCACUGCACGGGAAGAAGCAGCUUGUGUUCUGGAUCGAGGAUUUGCUGUUGCAAAGCACUCCAACUUGCAUGCAGUGGGGCAGCCUUCGCUAUUCUAACCGCCGUGGUGAUGUGCUGAGAAGCCCGUGCAUAGGGAUAUCUUUUGCAGCCACGGCACUGAAGGUUGCCCUUAGAAGUCUACCAGCUCUCUUGAGACCCUCUUCCUUUCAGAGCUGCCUCACACAGGAUCUCACCCACCUGAAAGAGCUUCCCACCUAAGUUGAAGCCUGCCAUUUUUAUGUCCAGUGUCUACACUCUACUACUUGUCUUCCUUUGACAUCCACGCCCCAACUGAAUGUUGACAAGCUACUCCCAGUGUUCUACACGAAUAUUCAUUAGUCAGUUUGGAAAUGGACUUGCUGUCUGGAACCUACCUCUUGGCAGUCUUAUUAGCCUGUAUUGUAUUUCAGUCUGGAGCACAGGAGAAGAACUAUACAGUGCGGGAAGAACUGCCUGAAAAUGUCCUCAUUGGCAAUUUGCUCAAGGAUCUUAAUUUAACGCUGGAUCCAGAUGUCCCCCUUUCCUCGCCACUACAGUUCAAGCUUGUAUAUAAGACUGGGGAUGUACCACUAGUACGAGUGGAGGAGAACACUGGUGAGAUAUUUACAACUGCAAACCGCAUAGACCGAGAGAAGCUGUGCUCUGGCAUCUUUAGUGAGAAUCGCUGCUUUUAUGAGGUGGAGGUUGCCGUUUUGCCUGAUGAAGUUUUCAGACUGGUCAAGAUCAGAUUCCUAAUAGAGGAUAUAAAUGACAAUGCCCCCCUCUUCCCCUCUACAGUUAUUAACAUCUCUAUCCCUGAAAACACAGCGAUUAAUUCUCGCUAUUCUGUUCCAUCUGCCAUUGAUCCAGACAUUGGUGUGAAUGGUAUUCAACAUUAUGAACUCCUUAAGCCCAAAACAGCUCCGAAAAGGACAUUUGGAUCAAUUACGAAUGAUCAGGGUCAGAAUGUAUUUGGUCUUGAUAUAAUUGAGACACCUGAGGGAGAUAAGUGGCCUCAACUGAUCGUCCAGCAGAUCCUGGAUAGAGAGCAGAAGGAUACCUAUGUGAUGAAAAUUAAAGUUGAAGAUGGUGGAAGUCCUCCAAGAUCUAGCACUGCAAUCCUGCAAGUCACAGUGACUGAUGUGAAUGAUAAUCGCCCAGUCUUUAAAGAGAAUGACAUUGAAGUUAGUAUUCCAGAAAAUGCUCCAGUGGGCACCUCUGUUUCUCAGCUCCAUGCCACUGAUGCAGACCUGGGCUCAAAUGCACAAAUCCACUUCUAUUUCAGCAAUCAAAUCUCCAGUUUGGCCAAAAAGCUGUUUGCCAUUGAUAAUGCCACUGGUCUCAUCACCAUAAGAGAGCCACUAGACAGGGAAGAAUCUCCUGUACAUAAAUUGACUGUUUUGGCAAGUGAUGGCAGUUCAACUCCAUCAAGAGCAACAGUGACUGUUAAUGUCACAGAUAUUAAUGACAAUGUCCCAUCAAUAGACACAAGGUACAUCAUCAAUCCAGUGAAUGGGACAGUGCUUUUGUCUGAGAAAGCUCCACUUAAUACAAAAAUUGCAUUGAUAACAGUAAUGGACAAGGACUCUGAUCUGAAUGGAAAAGUUACUUGUUUUACAGAUCACGAUGUCCCUUUUAGACUAAAGCCAGUGUUUGAUAAUCAGUUUCUUCUGGAGACAGCUACAUUUCUAGAUUACGAAUCCACACGGGAAUAUGCUAUUAAAAUAGUAGCUUCAGAUUCAGGUAAACCUCCCUUAAACCAAUCUGCAAUGCUCUUGAUCAAAAUUAAAGAUGAAAAUGACAAUGCUCCAGUUUUCACACAGCCUAUCAUAGGUCUUUCCAUCCCUGAAAACAAUGCUCCUGGUACUCAGCUAACCAAGAUAAGUGCUACAGACGCUGACAGCGGGCGCAAUGCUGAGAUUAGCUAUAUUCUGGGUUCUGAUGCCCCCCCUAUUUUCAACCUUGACCGCCGUACAGGCAUUCUGACAGCAGUGAGAAAGCUGGACAGAGAAAAACAAGACAGGUACUCCUUCACUGUACUGGCUAAGGAUAAUGGGAUGCCGCCCUUGCAGACCAAUGCUACUGUGACAGUGUCAGUCCUGGACCAGAAUGAUAACAGCCCUGCUUUCACACACAAUGAAUAUAAUUUCUAUGUUCCAGAAAACUUACCCAUGUAUGGCACAGUAGGUCUUAUCACAGUAACAGAUGCUGAUUCUGGAGAGAAUGCUGCAGUCACUCUGUCUAUAUUAAAUGGUCGAGAUAAUUUCAUUAUUGAUCCACUUACUGGUGUAAUAAGACCUAACAUUACUUUUGAUAGAGAACAGCAGGGGUCAUACACUUUUCAGGUGAAAGCGGUGGAUGGAGGAAGACUGCAGCGUUCCUCAACGGCCAAAGUGACGAUCAAUGUUGUUGAUGUAAAUGACAACAGGCCUGUUUUUGUUAUUCCUUCAUCAAAUUAUUCAUAUGAGUUGGUUCCAACAUCAUCCAGUCCAGGGUCUGUUGUUACUAAAGUCUUUGCAGUUGAUAAUGACACAGGAAUGAAUGCAGAGCUCCGUUACAGCAUUAUAGGAGGGAAUUCUAGGGGCUUGUUUGCAAUUGACCAAUUAACAGGCAAUAUUACAUUGAAAGAGAAGGUCAUUACAUCAGACCAUGGCUUGCACAGACUGGUGAUAAAAGUCAAUGACCUAGGACAGCCAGAGUCUCUUUAUACUAUAGCUCUUGUGCAUUUAUUUGUGAAUGAGACAGUCACCAAUAGUUCCUACAUACAAGAGCUAGUGCGCAGGAAUAUGGAAACUCCAGUUGGCCAGAACAUUGGGGAUGGUGAGAUAACCCCACAAACCAAUGAUUAUGUCAAGAUCAUAAUUGCAAUUAUUGCAGGCACAAUGACAGUUAUUCUGGUAAUUUUUGUUACUGCUUUAGUACGGUGCCGCCAGACUCCCAGGCACAAAGUUGUUCAGAAAAAUAAGCAGAGUGGUGAGUGGGUUUCUCCAAACCAAGAGAACAGGCAGAUCAAGAAGAAGAAGAAGAAGAAGAAACGCUCUCCAAAAAGUCUUCUCCUCAACUUUGUGACUAUUGAAGAAUCUAAGCCUGAUGAUCCUGGCCAUGAGCACAUAAAUGGCACUUUAGACAUUCCUGUAGAACUAGAAGAACAGACUAUGGGAAAAUAUAACUGGGCCACUACACCAACCACAUUUAAGCCCGAUAGCCCAGAUUUAGCGAAGCACUACAAGUCUGCUUCUCCACAGCCAACCUUCCAAAUUAAACCUGAGACUCCUGUACCCCCCAAGAAACACCAUGUCAUUCAGGAACUGCCUCUGGAUAACACCUUUGUGGUGGGCUGUGACUCACUCUCCAAGUGCUCAUCAAGCAGCUCGGACCCUUACAGUGUUUCUGAAUGCAGUUGUCAAGGAGGCUUCAAGACCCCAGGCCCCAUUCACACCAGACAGCUCUGAACGUCAUCGCAUCUGAUGUUAUAUACUGAAGUCGUACGUGUACACAAUGAUGUUAAGCCAGCAAACAUGAAAACAAGGAAAUAGCACGAGAAAGCCCUUUGUCCUCUCUCUGAUUGCCGAAGAAAUUUAUCGUCUGAUCUCCAGAGGGGUUUGGAAGUGACGAUGAACUGUUCAAGCUGCCCUACUGAAAGGUAUCAAGGGCAAGAAUUUUUUAAAAGAAAAAGACAACAAAAUUUUAGUACAUUGUGCUAUAGUGUUCUAUAAUGUAGUUUUGCUAAGAACAAAGUAAUGUGACCCAUCAUUCAUCGCAGUUGGCGAUUAUGGUAAAUCUAUUGUUUUCUAAUUUUGCUUGUAACCAACUUCUUGUCCCAGGUUUUUUUCCUUAUUUAUUUUAGUUGAAACAAGUAGAAGUUUUGAUUAUAUAAGUAUAAUAAAAGGGAGCAAUAAAUUUUAUUCAUACAUUGAAAGGAGAAUGUAAAGUUCUUUAUACUCCCUGCAUUAAAAAGAAAAACAAAUUGUUGUCACAUAUAGCAUUGUUACACGUAUUAAGAAUCAAGUGUUAUUUAUAUCUAUUCCAUAAUAUUUUUAAAGAUAAUAUUGCUGCUAUGGAUCAUAAAUGGAAUUGAUCAAAUCACUGCUUUCUCAUUUUAUAGGCACAAUAGUAGUUGUGAACAAUGAAUACUUUCUUACCCACAAAAUUUUGUAACAAAUGAUCGCAUUUUAAAUAACUCAAAAAUAUUCACUUCCUAAAAUAGAAUCUAAUUUGCAUUUUGCUUGCUGAAAUCUAGAUAACACAUAACAGGUGCUAUACACCUAAUAUUCUGAAAUACUUUUUUUUAAAAACUUUUUUUUUCUAAAAAAAAACAAACAUCACAGAUCCAGUGUCUUGCUUUUCACUUUGAUAAAAUAGGAAAUGAUAAAUAUUUGUUGGAACCUAGAAUUUUUUGCACUGUUACCCAGCACAUGGGGGAAAAUAUGGCCUUCUGUUUUUUGUUUCUCCCCAAAUUAUUAUUAUUAUUAUUACCUUUCUUAUUUUAAUUUAAAUUUGUUUACAUAACAUUUUUUAUUUAAUAUAACUCAACAAAUAAAGUUUGAGUAUCAUUGCUUGGUUUGCAGCCUGGUUGCAAGUUCCUGCAUAUUUUGGGGAAUAACGCUUAAUAUGUAUCAUCUAUAAUAUUAGCAUUUCACGUGCAAUAGAAAUUCUCUUAGGAAGUAAAGGAGUAUAAAGAACCCUGUUCUUAUCUGAAGACAUGUAAUAUUAGUUUGCUAGAAUAAAAUGAAUAACACUUCUAACUGGGAUAUAUACAGUAUAUAUAACUUUCUUUUAAAAAAAAAGUUAUUAAUGAUUGAUCAAUUAGACUACAACAUGACAUUCUUACACCUUCCUGUAUGUUUGAUGUAAAGAUAUUUAUAGGCUUGUACUUAAUAUUCACGUUGCCUCAGUUCUUAGACUGCAGAAUGUCUACCAUGACUGUUGCCUAUAGUAUCCACAUUGCUAUCUGGCUCUUUCAAAAAUGUGUAUUUGGCUAUUUGAUCUGUAAAAUAAAUUCUAUUAAUAAUUAAGUACGUAUUGUAAUUUAGCAUAUUGUAUUGCAUAAUUAUAGCUAUGACUGUUACAGGAAAAAUUUCCUUCCUAUAAUGAGAUGAUUUUCUUGGAAAGAUGUUUAUGUAUCUGUAAGACAGUUUUGCUGUUUCUAAUUACCAUACCCUUGCAGCAUUUAUGAUUGAAAUUAAACAACACAUUCAGUGGUUAGACAUACAGUAAUGAUAUUUAUUGAUUCAAUGCCACAACUUAGCCAGUUGUUUUGGUUUUAUACUCCAUUCCAGACAUAGUAAAAAGUUUAUUCAAGAAGAAUUGUUUAGUGUAACUAAAGAUGGAUACUGCCUAUUGCGAUUACAGUUGUUUGCUUAGGUGCCUCAUAGUUGGGCAAUGGGAAGCAUGCAAGGAUAUUUGUUAAGAGUAAUUAACCUUUGGCCUAGUAGAGUUGUUCAUUAGGAAGAUAGUAGGAUUUCACAGACAUAUUUACUAUGUUUUCUUUUUUUAUUGAAUCUGAAUUUUGGUUCUUGCAGCAGUUAGGUUUGAUAUCCUUGAUGAGAAAGCUUGUACAAGUAAAAUUCAUGUUUUGUUUGGAGAAGAAGCACCAAAUAAUAGGAAUGCUUAUAUUGAGAUUUUUUUUUUUUUUUUAAUUGAGGAAUACUGAGCUGAGGUACUGGACUUGGUUCAUCUACAUGCUAGAGGGCUGCAUGCCCUCUACAAGUGCCUACUUUUUACAAUGAGUAUGAAAAGAACCUUUGAUAACUUGUGCUUGCAGUUUCUUGAGAUGAAUGUUGACUGUUUGUGGGAAAAAUAUUUCUCAGGAGACUCCUGUUUCUUUUUCUUUUAGCCAAGCUGAAGAUCUGUCAUUUUCCUGGUAUUUCAUUGGUCAUAUCAUUCUAUUCUACAAGAAUCUAGUCUGAUUUUUAAUCUUAGAAAAGACACACAUAUGAAAUAGAGGCUCAUCAACUGGUUGCAUUAUUGGUCUAAAUUGGUAAUCUCUCUUCUGGUUCUCUCAUGAACUAGCUCAGCCAAAUACGAUAACCCUUCAAAUGCACUACUGGAAAAUUCAACAACCUCUUAAGUAGUUUGGUUUCAUAUAUUUCUCUGUUUCCAUUUUCUUUUUUCAUAUAUCGAUUUUCUUUUUUCAUAAAUAUCACUUUUUAAAGAGUGGUUCUUUCAUAGGCUGGUAUAAGACUUGUCAGAUUGCUUAUUUCCUUCUGAUGAUUAAGUGCAUUCAUGAAAGUCUCGUGAAAGCCUGAUGUGUACUUACCAAAUGUGUGUAUGUGCUGAAUAUUAAUUUCUACACUUUUAAAAAAGGUAAAGGAUAAGUGGAGGUCAGUCAAAAUAUUCCAUAUUUAGAUUUUCUAAUGAAUAUUAGAAUCCUUAAUCAAAGCCAGGCCUGUUUCAGUGUAGAAUAUAAUUUCUUUCUUGUGCUUUCACCUAAAUAAAUGAUUUUUCUGACUGCGUGGAAGUCAGGGUAAAUGAAGAGCAAGAAUUACUGAGUUUUCAAAAUGCAGCUUUUGAAAUUGAAAAUUCAUUAUAUUUUUCUUGGAAAUAUCAGUCACAGUUUCUAUGUCACUUUCUUGUGAUUUAGACUUUAAUUAUUACAACUCACUAUCAUCUCAGUAAACUUAUUUAGAGAUUUAUCCUUUUGUUUGGUGCACAUCACUACCCUUGUCACCAGUGCAGAAAGAUCUGUGCCUGUAGAAGUCCUAGAGUUUGUUUUUGGUUAUUUACAGUGUAGCGUCUGCCUUAGCAUAGAGAAUAGUUUUUCAUUUGUUGAGAGUUUUACAGUGUACAUUAGUUGCUUCACAGCUUUUAGCCCUGCAAUGCCAGUAGCCAAAGAUGGCUCUCAUGUUUUCCAUUCUGCAUCCUGUGUCAUGUUGUCAAUGCCUGGAUUUCAUAUGAAUAUGUGUCUACCAAAGCUCAGUGCCACUUGAUCUCAAACACCCUAAUGUCAAGCGAGUCUCAUUGGAGAAAAGCUAUGGCACACAAUCUGCAGUUUGUAUGAAAGCUGCCUAUCAUAUCAAAAAAUACGUUGAACUUUGGAGGAUAUCUCUAUAUCCUUCUGAAUCUCACUGAAUACUGUUAAAAGGCAGUAGGGUACUUUAAAAGUGAAAGUUUGUGAUGUAAACAGAAUUAUUUUUUAAACGUAAACUGAAAAGCAGUUUGGUUUUUUUUUGUUGUUGUUGUUGUUACACAUUUCUAGUAAUUUCCUGUUUUAUCAUAGUGCAAAUAUUUAUGGCAUAGCCUGAUUUUAAGUAUUAUUUGUAAAAUCUUUUUAUGAAGACUUUGAGUAUAUAUUUUUGAUUUCAUAUUGAAUUAUCAAGCACUGUUUCUUUUAUGUCUUAAUCAUCUAUUUCUAAAAUAAAUUUUUUUAAAGUUUAUAUUUAUAUAUCGUUUGGAGAAGCACUGUUUUUAAACACACCUUUGAUCUCUCUUUUGGCAGUGCAUGCACACUGUCAAUUCUAUAUAUAUGCCAAUGUUUUUUUUACAGUGGUUAGAGUCUAUAAUUAUUAAACUAAAUUUACCACACAGUGAUUACUAGCAAGCAUAUUCCUUACCAGUACAUACAUUUUGUCUGCAUUUUCUUCAACUACAUGUGGUCUAAGCAGGACUUUCCAAGAGCUGCACAUCCUCUAAGAAUGUUUACAUAUAUGUGUGAGUGUUUAUAUAGUGUUUAUAGAGAGAGAUAUAUAGUAUGUCUUUACAUAUAUGUGUCUGUGUAUGUAUGUAUUUUCUGUGCAUGUGUAUGUAAAGAGAGCAUGAGGGUGAAUGAAUACACAUAUAUUUCAUGUUCAGUUAGCACAUUUUACGGGCAAUAUAUUACAUAGAAAAAACUGUAGCUAUAUGCCUGUCCCAGUACACAAUAUAUCUUGCUAUGAAAGAUAGUCAAGCACUAGGAUUUCACUUUACACAUUAUUUUGAAGUUGGUCUUCCCUUUGAGAGCGUACUGUGUUCUAACUGUAUUAGAAAGUGACUCUUGAUAACUUGCAGGUUAUGAUACAAUAUGAUAAAUACAGUUUUGAGUUUCUGUUCUCUUUCACUUUUACUCAUUCCAGUACUGAGGGUACUGGAAUGUAUUGUGGAAAAUCUCUCUUGCUAUUCUGAAUUAAUAUAUUUUUCUGUUGUAUAGACUCUCUUAAAUCUUGCCACUGAAAAUAUCAUGAAAAUGAUGCUUCUAUAUUUUCUCCAAUGUAAAAAUCUGCCCCUGCAGAUUUCAUACAGAGAUAUAUGUAAAUCAAAUUCAGUUAUUUAAAUUAAUAUAGAUGGAUAUUAAAUAAUUGUGUUACCAUGAAUUUUUCAGGAGUAUUUCUGGCUUCAGCAAUCUUUUAAACAGCCUUUAUUCAUUUGUAUUUAUUAUUUAUUUAUUUUUAAAUUGAAGUUGUUCAUUAAAGCUCAGUCGACUUAUUUCCAAUAAAAGCUAAAUGAUGAUUAUCAAA